UUUGACUGUCUCCAUACCUGAAAUUGAGGGUGUAGAGUUACUAGAAAAUCAAUCUUCUGUCGGGUCUCUUUUAGAAACUGAUAAUUUUUCUUUCGAUGAACUCUGUCAAUUUUUAUUGAAUAUAUAUAAUGUUCAAAAAUCAAGUAUUACUGGUUCUGAACGAUUUCCUGGUGAGUUCUUACCACCACAAAAAGAUAUUUAA